AUGACUAAAAACUCAAUUGCUAUUUUCGGUGCCAACGGCGCUUUAGGAGCUCCUCUCUUGGCAGCUUUGGAAAGUCCUCUCUUCAACGACAAGUACGAAAAGCCGGCUAUUCUUAUCACCAGAGACGCUUCUGGUAAAAAGGAUACCGAAUUCAUUCGGUAUGUAUCCGGCGACCUUGUUGCUGAUCCCGAAAAUAUCGCAGAAAUCGUGAAAGGCGUCGAUGUAAUUGUCUCUUUGUUGACUUUCAGUCCAGAGGUUGCAAUUGCCGCCGAAAAGGUAGUUUCCUUGGUGAAACCAAAGGUGUAUAUUCCCUCACAAUUUGGCGGUGACAUUUCGAAAUUGCAAGAUAUCUUUCCUGGGUUCUUGGUCGAGAAGGAUCUCCACAGUGAAGGCUUGAGAUCAAAGGGUAUUAAGGUCGUCGACAUCCUCACCAACGUAUUUGCCGGCGGACCUUGGAUCUACGAAAUCAAUGCUCAUUUUGGCAUUGAUACUGAGUCCAAGUCCGUCACUUACAUUGGCUCGCCCGAUGCGAAGGUAUCCUUCACUCACUUGGAUGAUGUCGGCCGCGUUAUCGCUGCUGUGGCGGUAAGAGAUCCAUCUGAGCUUCCAGAUAAAUUACUGGUCCAGUCUGGAGUACUUACGCCUGCUGAGGUAGCCAAGCUGUGGGAGACCAGACAUGAUACUAAGCUUGACGUGAAGACUCCAAUUCCCGCUGGAGUUGCAUUAGAGGAAGCCAAAAAGGAUUGGGCCGAGAAUGGCUUCCAGUUUGAAAAGUUCUUCCACUACUCACAAGUUCUCAUCGGAAAUGGGUAUGUUUAUUUGGAGACAGACGACAAUGAGUUUGUCAACCCAGGCCAGUCAUUGUGGAAAUGGAGAUCAUUUUAG